UGCUGAUCAGGGCGUGUGCGUGAGGUGCAACUAGAGGACGACCGCAUCGGUUCCGUUGUGGAACAUUCACCUCCUACAUCGCGCUGGCAGUUCACAACUAAAGGAGGAAGAAGAUUCAGCCCGCCGUAGUUAACAUUGGGUUUAUUUGACGAUUUAGUCAAUUCUAAAUUAUCAACCAUGAAGUUACUGUGGUCUGUCAGUGCCCUUCUGUUGAGUUGUUGGCGAGCCAGUGCGUCCACAGCGGGCUUUAUCAAGUCUCCCCUGUCUCAGAUGAAGCUGAUCAGUGACAGCGCACAGCUGCAUUGUGAGGUGAUAGGGAACCCCAUCCCUGAGGUGCAGUGGUGGUUUGUAGAGGGUGAAGAGCCCAACGAGACCCUCACCCAGCUCUUUGACGGUGCACGGGAUGACCGUGUACAAAUAAAUGCCACAUAUAUAGCACAUGCCACUAGCACCAUUCACCUCACUAGCCUCACCUUCGACGACUCAGGCACGUAUGAGUGCCGCGCUUCCAACGACCCUGACCGCAAUGAACUGAAGAAGACGCCAAAAAUCAAGUGGAUCCGCUCGCAGGCAAACAUUAUUGUGAUCGAAAUUCCAAAGAUCAUUACUGACCCUUUUGAGGUCAGCAACCAGACCUCCGCUGUCCUCAGCUGCAAUUUGACAGAGUCCAGCCUUCCAAUCAAGGGCUCCCACUGGUUGCACAAUGGCAAACUCAUCGAAGAUUCCAAGUCCACUGAGGCCACUCCAUUCACGGUCCUUCGUUUGGACAAGAUCACGCACAGUUCUGGUGGAAAGUAUGAAUGUGUGUUCCUGACUGAGCCAGAGGUGAAGCAGACAAUUGAAGUCAAAACACUUCCCCAUGUUUCUGCCUACAAGCACUCUGAGCAUGGCAAUGAGAUGGACAAAGGUGUGAUAGUCUGUGUGAGCCACAGCUAUCCACUGCCUACUGACUGGACGUGGUUCAAAGUGGAAGAUGGCAUCCAAAUUCCAAUCUUCAACGGCACUAGCGACAAAUAUGAGAUCAAGAGCACCCCUAACAAGACCACUCUGACCAUUAAUAACCUGAGCAUCGAAAACGACAUUGGAGACUACAUCUGCUCUGGAACCAGUGAAUUUGGCACAAGAAGCGACAAGAUCCACCUGCGCGUCCGCAGUCGGCUGGCUGCUCUGUGGCCCUUCCUUGGCAUUGUGGCCGAGGUCAUCAUCCUGGUGACCAUCAUCUUCAUCUAUGAGAAGAGGAGAAAGCCUGAUGAGGUCAAUGACGAUGAUGACUCAGGAUCUGCUCCUCUGAAGAGUAAUUCUAAUGCGAAUCACAAAGACAAGAAUGUGAGGCAAAGGAAUUCUAACUAGAAGCUGAAAGAGAUGGACGACCCAGAUGGCAGUCCAGGAUUCAGCUGUUGUGUUGCACAUUAUACUGUGCACCCUGCAGUUUUAAGUACCUUUUUGUGCUUGGGUGUUAAUGUUUUAAGAAGUUGUCUGAUUUCCUCUUUUGUUUUCUUCUAUAUUCUUCACUUAGUACAGCUUGAGAACAUAGUGUGAAGUAAUUUCUGCUUGAGACCGUGGGGCAAAUAUUGCAUGAGUUUAAAAUGCUGUUCUAGCCAAGUGUGUGUUCGUUGUAAAAUCAUUAGAAUGUUCAUGUGAGGAAUGCUUAGUUUGUGCUUAUUUUCUGUUAAUACUGAUGCUUCCUACGCUGACCUCACGGUUGUCAGUCUUUUGCUUUUAUAUUCUCCAAUGUGGAAUGGUUACUUGUAAACCAGCACAAGUUACGUUCAGAGGAUCUGAAACAUUUUUGAUCCUGAUACAUCACUGCCAUUCUUAUAGUAACAACUGGAGUGUGCUUGAAUUCACACGUUUGAUCUGUCCCCACAAACCUCCCUUAGCAGAGUUUUAUACUUUGCCUUAACAAACACCAUUUCGUUAUGCAUUUUGUUACCUGUUACAAGAUUUAAAUGUGACACUUAAAAUUAAAUGCAGAAAUGAUUAAGAUUCAAUGUCUGCUAGGUUUUGUUGCCGCAAGAAAUUAUAGUUCUUUCAGUAGGAAGGCUUUUGUCCCUUUUAAAUCAUGCUUUUAUUUCCUUUUCCUAUUCACAUAUUUUAAAUUGGAGUUUGAGUCACCAAUGUUCCUGUUGCUGAUGUCGCAUCCACAUAAAAAUAUAUUGUUAUGGACCAAGUGCAAGAGAUAUAACAUCUGUUGCUUCUGUCGAAUGCAACUUUAAUACUACGCACUGAUGUUUCAAUCUAAUACAUCAGAUAAACGUUUAAUAAGAUGUUUUUCUUUCUCAUUCAGUGGGAUCUGAGAUAAAACAUUUGUGUGCGAUUGUUGGACCGUCGUCUCUGUUCCCUUCACUGUGUAGAUGAUUAAGAAGCCAUAUGUUCCAUUUAACCUGAGUAGUGUUGUGAUUGGAUGUUACCAUUUCAGAGUUACACAAAUAAAAAGAUCUAGCCAGAAUUGUGUAAAUUGUUGUAUCUUCCGAGUACAUGGACCACCAUCUGUUGUACAACAAGCACAAACUGAAUAAAGGUAUUGGAUUUUA